CGUGAUUAAUUCAGUAUGGCGGAGCUGCUGGCUGAAUGAUUUUUACAGUACCGACCGACGGGUCCUAAAACCCUGCACUGUGGAUGCUUGUGGAGACUUGGAGAAAAACACAGCCAUUUGCACCCAAGGGUGCUCAAUUCAGCCUGACUGGAAGGAAUCCUGCCACAACACACCACUGAGCUCUCAACCUGUGGCUCGGUAUGAUGAAGCCUUAAGAAACAACCGCUCUCUGUUGAUCCUUGGCCUGGGGCCUUGGCCUGGCACCACCAACUUGGCUGGGAAACGCAUGUUGGUCACUACAGCCUCCACGGAGGUGCACUGACACCCUCACCGCUCACAUCUCCUCCCCUGUCAAGUCUGCCUGGCAACAACAACCAUAGCAAUGAGUGCUCACAGUCGAUCAGUGGACGUGAGCACGGCAGCACUGCCCAUGCAGGUGCCCCCCACCACCACAGCCAUCCUUCCCAUGGAUCUGCGCGUAGUGGACCAUCCUCACCUCCACCAUCACCACCUCCACCUCCACCACCAGCAGCCCCCCUUCAGCCUGGUUCCCCAGCCCCACCCUACACCGCCCGUCUCCACAGCCUGUCCGGUGUCCUCGGAGCCAGGCCGCGGGCCAGUCAUUAACCACCAGGAGCAGCAGCUGCAGCAGGAGCUGGUGACUCUCAAACACAAGCAGCAGCUCCAGAGGCAGCUUCUGAUCGCUGAGUUCCAGAGGCAGCAUGAACAGCUGUCGCGACAACAUGAAGUCCAGCUGCAGGAACAUAUCAAGCUUUCCUAG